UGUUUGGACUGGAGAAGGGAGGCGGCGGGCGAGGCGCACGUCGAGCGGGGGAGCGGCGCUGCCUGUGGAGAUCCGCGGAGGCCGACAGGAUUCGUUGGCUGCCGUCCCCGCUGCCGUGCACUGGGUUAAAAACGACAACUAACGCCAACCAUGAAAGAUCCAAGUCGCAGCAGUACUAGCCCAAGCAUCAUCAAUGAAGAUGUGAUUAUUAAUGGUCAUUCUCAUGAAGAUGACAAUCCAUUCGCAGAGUACAUGUGGAUGGAAAAUGAAGAGGAAUUCAACAGACAAAUAGAAGAGGAGUUGUGGGAAGAAGAAUUUAUUGAACGUUGUUUCCAAGAAAUGCUGGAAGAAGAAGAAGAACAUGAGUGGUUUAUUCCAGCUCGAGAUCUCCCACAAACAAUGGACCAAAUCCAAGACCAAUUUAAUGACCUUGUUAUCAGUGAUGGCUCUUCUCUGGAAGAUCUUGUGGUCAAGAGCAAUCUGAAUCCAAAUGCAAAGGAGUUUGUUCCUGGGGUGAAGUACUAAAAUAUUUGAGUAGACGGGGCCCUCUUUUGGUGGAUGUAGCACAAUUUCCACACUGUGAAGGCAGUAUUAGAAGACUUAAUUGUAAAAGCUCUCUCUUGUCACUGUGUUACACUUAUGCAUUGCCAAAGUUUUUGUUAGUCUUGCAUGCUUAAUAAAAGUGCUGAGACUGUUAUUAAGUAAAAAGCUGUCAAACAUUUCCUGAAAAUAGAAUUGACUUAAUGUAAAGACAGUGAGGAAAGAAGCACCAGUCAAGUUGUGACAAAGAACCAAGUUAAAAACCUCUAACUCCUACUAAAUUUUCUUCUUCGAGGCCAAAGUGGUCCUGUAAGAUUAACAGUUUUUAAUGUGUAUACUUUGUAGAAAUGAGUAACAUUAAAUUACAUUCUAAUUGUUAAAUCUCCUUUUUUCUGAAGGUCUAUUAAUUUGAAAUAAUUCACUAUAAACAAAGUGUGUCUUUGGUGAUUGAUAAAAGCUAGUCUGGCUUUCUUGGUAUGUUAUAAUGUUAGACAUACUGAAUUCUCCUGGCGUUAUGUCUGAGGAUAUAUGAUUUGAGAAUUUCAUCCUUUGAGGGGAUUAACUGUAUCAUAGCCAUAACUGUGUGAAGUGAAGUCUAACUUAGGACCAACACCAGUCCAUAAUCCAAUUGAACAAAGACUGUAACAUGAUUUGAGUGGUGCUUUUCCUUGCUUUAUUAACCAUCAUGACAAAAGUCUGCAGCACAACUUUUCUUUUAACAAAGCUAGAACAGUUUUGGCUUCUUAAACUUCAUAUUUGGGUAGGUUAAGCUGCCAUACGUGUUCAGUGUGAAUAGUGUUUAAGUUGAAAAUAUUGUAAAAAAAUUAUAUUUUUUCAAAAAUAUUUAAAAAAAUAAAUAAUAGUAGAACUGAGCUGAUGCUUGU